AUCUCGGGUACCCAGCACCAGCCUCUCUCUUUGCACAGCAUUUUUGGAAACAGACUUGAGCUGUAAACAAGAGAACCGCCAUCACAACCCCCAAUUGUAGAUUGCUCUGUCAUACUUUAUCAUCACAAUGUCUAGCCAGCCGCUUCUACAGUCCGCUCCAGGCAAGCGCAUCGCCCUUCCAACCCGUGUUGAGCCGAAGGUCUUCUUCGCAAACGAGCGCACCUUCCUCUCAUGGCUCAACUUUACUGUCAUUCUGGGUGGUCUAGCGGUUGGUCUCCUCAACUUCGGUGAUAAGACUGGACGAAUCUCCGCCGGCAUCUUCACAAUCAUCGCCAUGGCUGCAAUGUUGUACGCCUUGUAUCAAUUCCACUGGCGGGCGAAGAGCAUCCGGCAAAGAGGUCAGGCUGGUUUCGACGACAAGCUUGGUCCGACCCUGCUUAGUUUGGCUCUACUCGGCGCCGUCAUUGUCAACUUUGUGCUGCGUAUAAAUCAAACAGAUAAGAAACAGUAAUAAUGAAAAGCGAAUUUGGAUGUUGAUGGGAAGUGGGACAUGGGAGACUUUGGGUACGAAGCUUGUACUAUACGCAUCGCUUUCAGGUUGGCGGAGACACAUCUAUCAGUGCGAGACUCAGCAUUUCCAACACAGGCUCGAUCAUAAAGGCACGGUGUUACAAUAAGUACAUAUUCAAUCAUGUUAAUCAAUUCGCCUUCGUGCUCCAGGCUACAUC